AUGGGAGAUUUCAACUCUAUACUCAGUCAAGAGGAUAGAGUGGGGAGUAAGGUGACAUAUGCAGAAAUAAAGGAGUUUAAGGAAUGUGUGGAACAAUGUGGACUUCACGAACUGAAAUCAUCGGGGUGUUUUUAUACAUGGAGUAAUAAACAAGAAGGACAGGAUAGAGUGCUAAGUAGAAUUGACAGGGUGAUCACCAAUAAUGAUUGGGUGAAUAAAUUGCCAGCAUCUGAGGUUCACUAUAUGCCAGCAGGAGUAUAUGAUCACAGCCCUACAAUGAUCAAAUGGGAGGGAACGGGUGCACCUAAGACGAGGAUAUUCAGAUACUACAACAUGUGGAGCAUAGACAACUCCUUCAUGACAAGAGUGGAGGGAAGCUGGAGACAACCAAUACAGGGGACAAACAUUUUUAGAGUGGUGGGAAAACUAAACAGACUUACAAAAGUGUUGAUAAAGUUAUAUAAAGACAAGUUUGCAGAAGUAGAGAAAAAGGAAGAUGAAAGCAUGAAGAAGCUGGUAGAAUGA